CUGCUGCCUCUUGCUGCUGUUGUUUAGUCAGUUAUAAAUCUAGUGAAAUCCAUCCAUUCAUAGAUUUUUCUACUAUAGGCGUGCUUGUACGAUUUAUAGCCAUUGUAUAUCCCAUCAAGGCUCAUAUUCUCUGCAGCAAGAAGAAAGUUAUCCUAACAAUAGUCUGUAUCUGGCCAAUAGCGCUCAUUUGCGGGUUACCAACCGUGAUUUUCAAUGGUCUUUUGUUUGGACAUUCGAAAUUGAUAUUUUGCACGCUGAUGUUUCCAAAACCUUAUGACAUAAUGUACAGGGUGCUCUACAAAUACGCUGAAGCAUUCUUAUACUUUUACUUUCCAAUAGGCAUACAGAUUGUAUUGUAUUCCAUAAUCGCCCGCCGACUGUUCGUCAGCGCAAAAGAACUAACAACAAGAUUCCAGAUGCGAACUGAAAAUAAUCGUAAAUCUGAAAAAUCUCAUGAAGCCGUCAAAGCCAGGAGGGGUGUUGUGAAAAUGUUAAUGGCUUGUGUAAUUAUAUAUGUGCUCAGCUAUCUUCCACCACAAGUUCUUCUCUUUUAUAAUACUUUUGCUAUUAAAAAGUUCGAGAGUACUUGGUCGUACAGGGUUUUCUCUAUUAGCCUCUCAUAUAUAAAUUCGGCAGCAAAUCCAGUGCUUUAUAGUAUAUUUAGCCAGAAUUUUCGCAAGAAAUUCCGCAUUUCGCUUUGCUACCUCUGCACAAAAUUAGGAGAUGGUAUUUAUCGCAGACAGCGGUCAGAUUCUUUCGAUUCUCACAUGACAUCACGACCAGUCAGUAGUCUAAAAACUUCAACAUCGAAACUUUGAAGGAUGA